CUGUAUGAGUGUGAAGCGCGAGCGUGCGCGCCCAUGGCCUCGGUAAGCAGGGACGAGGAGCAGCGAUGGGUGCCCACACAUGUGCAGGUGCUGGUGAUUCGCGCCCGCGGGCUACGUGCCAAGGGCAAACAUGGUACAAGCGACGCGUACGUCGUGGUGCAACUGGGCAAGGCCAAGUAUUCCACGUGUUUGAUGGAGAAAACCAGGGCGCCCGAAUGGGGAGAGGAAUGUUCGUUUGAGCUGCAGCCCGGCGUGCUCGAGGAUGGCAGCCGCGACAUGCUCCCGGCCGGCACCUGCGACCUCACCCUCACCGUCAUGCACCGCGCGCUCAUCGGCCUCGAUGUAUUCCUAGGUCAGGCUGUUAUCGCCCUGGAUACAGCGUUCCGAGAGCGAGCGUGCAUGAGAAACGAAUGGUAUAGACUUCAUUCCAAGACAGGCAAAAAAGAGAAGGAAAGGGGGGAGCUUCAACUUACCGUGCAGUUCACUCGCCACAACCUGACAGCCAGCAUGUAUGACCUCUCCAUAAAGGACAAGCCUAGGUCAGCCUUCAUCAGACUGCGAGAGCGCAUGCGUGCCAGAAAGCAUUGUGGAGAUGAAGAGUCCUCCUCAGCCAUUGUACCAGGGGGCUAUGGGGGUCAGGCCCGCAUAAGAGGGCGUCUGCCAAGUGAUGGUGGUGGAGAGGAAGAUUAUGAGGAUGAUGAAGGUGGGGAGUUGAGAAGAAGUAAGAUGAGAAGUUACUUCCUUCAUGGGAGAUUAAGAAAGUCUUCAGACACACGUUCUAGCACAUCACUGGGCUCAGAGAGCAGCGAGUCGUCUUCCAGAGGAGGAAGCCUCAGCCCCACUGCGGGGAUCAGUGUGGUGGUUUCUGACCUCUCCAACUCGCCCAGCAACAGCAGCAACCUAACUGUAGACAGCCCAGAGCACACAGUAGCCCCCUCACCUCUCGUCUCUCCCGUUAGACAUGUGUUUAAUGAGGUGUGUGAUAUUAGCAUCCCGGUGCCUCACUCCCUGACAAGUGAUGGUGAUGCCCCAAUUCUUUUACCCUCUGUAUGUGUAAAUGGAAAUCCAGUAGAAACGUCUCCUCUUACUCAUCAACCCCCCUCACUGGUACUACAGCAACCCAAGCCACAAAUGCAGCCAGAUCAGGAGCAGACAAAAACUUCAUCACAGACAAGCCCACCAGAAAUAGACAAACCAACUUUGACCCAGACCUCAGCACCUCAGACCCGGCAGCCAAAGGUAGAGUCUAAGCCCAAACCAGAACCUCACUUCCCAGUGGUAGGGCUGCUGCAGAAAGGCCCUGCACUGUCUCUGUCCAUGCAGAACCUAUCUCGCCAUAAGGAAGAGCAGAAGGGUGGGGGCCCUCUAGAUGGACGUCGCUGGUCUUUUGAUAAACCUGGAGAAGAGGAGAAGGCUGCCAUCGCAGCUGCGUUGGAGAAUACAGGGUUGGUAGUUGAUGAGCCAGUGGAACAAACUACUGUUACUGUGAGCGAGGCAGAAGUUCAGAGCAAGAAGAAGCGGGGCUUGUUCUCAAUUGGAAAAGAGGAGACGCAGCCAGCUGCAGAAGGGAAACACAGAGGAUGGUUCAGCUCGAAGGACAGUAAACCAAGUCCACACCCAGUAAAACCACUGACUCCUCCGGAUGAGAAAAAGUCAGAAGGUCGCUCUGUGCUGGAGAAGCUAAAGUCCACCAUUAACCCUGGAAGAAGCCACCAUGGAGAUCAUGAACCUGAAAAGAAACUACUAGUGGAGGGUGGCGGCUCCUAUUACCACCUGAACCAUAAUGAGCUGGUGUCCCUUCUGCUGCAGCGGGAUUCUGAGCUCCAGCAAGAGAGAGAAGAAUAUGAUCGACGUGGGUUUUUGCUAGAGAAGCGAGAGGUGGAGAUAAAGAAGAUGAAAGCUGUUAUUAGAGAUCUGGAAGACUACAUUGACACUUUGCUCGUUCGAAUUAUGGAACAAACUCCGGCAUUGUUGCAGGUCCGUUCCAAGAUGAAAUGAACUUUUAAAGGCCUAGCAUACCUUUAACUACUUUUUCACAAAUCUUUUUUGGGCAGAAGCUGCAACCUUGCACUGCUAAUGCUACCAUGUAAAUGUAGAGUUUAGCAACUGGCAUUGUUGAACAGGUACAGAUUUGGCAUUAUUAGUCUCUAAAUGCAGUGGUUCCCUAUGUGGGGCUCCAUACCCAACCCCCCAACCUAAAUCACUUAUAGGAAAAAAAAUACUUAGCUGAUGUACACGUCCUCUAGACAGAGGUUUAUCUGUCCAGCUAGUUACCAAAGCCAUCUGUCAAUCAAAGGGAGGUGUGGUCUUUUUGAACUGUUUUUGGAUACCUGGGUAAGUAGUUUUUGCUGCUCAAAUAUGCAUUUUACCAAGUUCCUUUUCCUCACAUUAAAGGGGCCCAUCACAUUUACAAAUACUGUGCUGCUUGAACAGGCCAGUUCAUAAAGAGACAGAAAAAAGAUAUAAAUAAGUGGAACUGGUUUAUUCACAUCUGCUUGUGCCUCAUGUAACGUCUUCCGCACUUUACUGACAAGCAUAAAGCUAGAGGCUCACAUCCAACAUGCUAUUUCUCAUCCAAGUCAUUGUCCAUCAACCUGUCUCCUUCCCUUUUGCACUUUGCUUGCGCUAACAUGUACACAUUAUGGCCAGUGCUUUCAGGUUUAAUAAACAGUACAUAUAAUGUCCUUACUGCAUAUAUGCCACUGAUGAAAUGCCAAAUGCUGCCUUAUCAUAUGUCUCUGUUCUGUUAUUGCUGAAACCAUCACUUUACCUGCAAGUAUUGUUGAAGGGGAUAGUCGGUUCCAACUUAAUUACCAACAGACUGUUAAAGUCAGGUAUAUGCCAUAGAUUACUGCCUCAGUGUUGAAUUGUAAACAAACAAACUGGCUAAAACAGGGAGAAUGAGGAUUAAAGAAUACUAAAUACCAGAAGUUGCUAUAAUAGUGUUAGAGUAACACCAGUGCAGCCAUGGCCCUGAUGUUCUGAUAUUAGUAUGAUGUUGCCACAGUCAGUGUUUCUGCAGUGUAGUACCAUCUGUAAUUGUGUGGUAGAAGCCCAUGUUACAGCACUUUCAAACUACACACACAUUUAAUCUGGUUCUUCCUCAAAAACAUAGGAAACUUACUAAUCGAACACAAAUAGAUGCACUUAUACACCGCACUAGCUCAUUCCUAUAUUGAUAUAAGCAGUAUUCCUGUGCUACUCUAAGUGUCGAUUAGAAGUCAACAAUAUAUGUUACUUGUCAAAUACUUGGGUUGAUUAAGAAGCACUUGACAGUCUAUGUGCUCUGCCUCGCUUUGAGGUAUCACUUUGUCUCUUGUUUCGUAUGUAUGUACGCAUUUGAUGUUUGGGCUGGUAUAGAUGGCUUUUAAUAAUGUCAGAGACUACAAGUUUACAAUUCUUAAACACCCAAUAUGUUUAUUGCAGGCUUCAUUACGUUUUUCUGUUUUGUUUUUCUUUACUUUGCAUUCAGUUGGAGGUUGUGUGAACCACUUUGUCCUAAUGCCACUGUUUUCAUGUUUGUUUUUUUCUUCUUUGCAAAUUAUGGUCAAGUACAUUUUGAAUGUUUUAUUUAUUUUGGUUCCUAUUUUAAAAUUUACUGUUCCAACAAGUAUCACUGUGUUUAUCAGGGUGGCUACUUUUUUCUUUAAGGGUCAGUAAUAAAGAAAGCAAUAGUGCAGAAUGAAAGUUACUAAAUGUGGAUGAAUGAGUAUAUAAAUGAAUAAAUAGGUAAAUGAAUGUAGUGCUAGACAACUGGAAUCCAGCUUGCAAUCCAGUUGGGAGGUACAAGUGUCCUUGUCUUAACGUUAUGUUAUAGAAUGUUUAACGAAAGGAAUAUGAAAUUAGAUUUUUGCUAUUUUAAUUAUAAAUCUAAUGAUGAAAGUUGUCAUUCUGUAGCAGAUGUUUUAUUAAGUUUAUUUUGUUCCUCAUGCUGCAAUUCCUAUAUUUUUUAAAUGACCAGAAUAAAUUACCAUAUUAACUGCAUAUGUUUUAUUUUGAAUAAAAUUGUUUGAAAACAUACUGCAUUUUUAUCAGUACAUUAAUGUUUUAUACCUGCUUCUUUUGAGUUCUGUAAUUCAUCAAAUAAAAGAGAUUAGAAGGCAUAUGCACACUGAUUGCUCCAUUAACCCUUUGAUGCACAAGCUAAGCAAACCCCUUCUAAUGCACAAGAAUAUUUUCAUAUGCACAUUUGUCAGUUAUUCAUGUAUUUGCUGUCUUAGCUAAUAAAAGCUAUCUAUACUAGAAU